UCAUCUCUAAAAGCUGCUACCAAGAGAGCCACCAAGAUUCCCCCAAGAUGAAGGGCUUCCUCUUCCUCCUACUCACCAUCAGUCUCCUGGUUAUGAUUCAGAUACAGACCGGAGUCCUGGGAAACACCACCACCGCCGCCACCACCACCAAGAAACCCAAGAGUGCGACCCCGCCCCUCAGCAGCCUGAGCGGCGGCAGUGUCCUUCUCUUCCUGGCCAACAUCCUCGUCCAGUUCUUCUACCUCAGCUGAGGUGACAUGCCUCAGCCCUAGCCCCGUGCCCCCUGAGACCAUCGCUCGGCUGCCAUCAUCUCUAGCAAGAGAAGCUCCUCCCACCCAGCCCCUGGGAGGGGUUAGUGCCAGAGAUGACCAGGUUGUGGGAAUUGACAGGUAGUGCCUUGGAGGCAUGACCAACACCAGGAGGUACUGAUGUGCAGGGGGCAAGUACCACCCAGCUGGAGGUCAAUAAAGUUGUCCUGUACUUGGA